AAAAAAAAAAAAGUGUUUUAUAUAGUGACACACUUUACGCAAAUCAUGCGAUUUGACUCAAUCGGAUUUAAAAGUAAUCGAGCUAAUUUCUCUUCGAGUCGGAUAGUGAUAUUCAUGGACGGCCUGCAGGCUGUUGGUAGGACACAUUCAGCGAUAAAAGUCAUACGGAAACAGGGUUGAGAGAACCACUUUGAGCAAAGAAGGGAGAGUUAAAUUUCAUGUUUCACAUGAAAUCACCAUUUAGUAUGAUUACACUCUAAAGGAAAUCCUCAUUUCUCGCGUUGUAAAAAAAACAAAAAAACAAGAAAUUCUCACGCGCUUGCACACAUCCACCAUAAACAUCAUUCCUUCAUAAAUGUGCAUUAGAAAUUCACCGUUUUCUUCUUAUAUUGAGUAGACCAGUAUUCCUUUAAUACCCGUAUAUACAUGUAAUUUGUCAAAAUUAUCAAAUCGUAUUAUUUUUCAUAAUUUAUCAUACUGACAAAAUGUUGGUCUGGAUUUUAACAUCGAACAAAAUACUGUAUAAUAUGGCACAUAUACCAAAUUCAACAAAAGAAACAAUAACAUUUGGGUUCCAUACCUUAAUCCAAUGAUACAAAUCUGGCAACAAAUAUUGUUGCUCACAAGAUUGAAUGUUCUUUUUAAUUUUCAUAGCCCAGUGCAACUUUACCAAUGGUGUCCAUUUUAAGAUCCAAGCAUGUACGAACUUAAAUUUUGUUGAGCAUUGCUGAGGUGAAAAUGUUGUCGUGUAUCUAUAAAUGAAUCAAUUAGACUCCAUUACAUGUAACAUUUAUCUUCUUUUUUAAUCAAGAACACUGAAACCUGUUUUUCAAAAGCAAAUUCAUAUUCAUGACUUUUCUUUCAUUAGUUUCACCCAAAACGUAUUAUGACGUCACUAGGUCCUUGACAAUUAUGUGACGUCACAGUACAGUUUUUGUUUACAGCUUACUGAAUGUGAGUGAGGCGUACUGGUAAGCUAUUCUAUAUAUCUAAGAUAGUCACGACGAAUAGUUAUAGGCCUUGUACAAUUUUAACUUUAACUUAGCAUUUCUGAAGAAUAUGAAGCUCACUGACCAAUUUAAUUGAAAAUUUGUUCAUAGAUCUAUUCGAUAAUUUUUCAUCAACGUAGCUCAAGGUAACCAGCUUUAGAUAAAUAGGUGAAGUGCCACAAAUUUUGACAGAAGACAAACCAUUAGUUAUCUAAUGUCAAAUUUGAGGUACGAACCUCACAUUUUCCAGAAAUUUCAUGUUGAUUUUUAUUUAGUGUUUAAAAGUAUGAAAUUAAUUUCACCCAAAAUGCAUUAUGACGUCACUAGGUUCUUGACAAUUAUAUGUGACGUCAUAGUACAGUUUUGUUUACAGCUAUACAGGGGCUCCUACUGAAUGUAAAUGUGGCGUACUGGUGAGAUAUUAUACAAUUAUUUCAUGCCUACUCGGGGAAACAGUCAAAACCAUUUUCCCGAGGUACGUAUAGUGGCGAAGACCCGGGAAACUGUUGUCAGAGGCCGUACAGGCAUCUUAUAAUAUGCGUUAGCUGCUUGAUCGCAUAUCUGGAAGAUGUUUUCAACACAUGUAUUCUAAAUUCAUAUAAGUCCUCAUUCAUUUUUCAGUUUUCUGGAAAGAAGCAAAAUGCACCAGGCUCAAAUAAUCCACAGAAUUUACUGGGAGUUAGCGUGUCGAUCUGCCGACAUGGCUGUUGAAACACGCCCCCUCCCUCGGGAAGCAUCCUCUAAAGUAGAGACACGUAUGAAACUAAUGCAGCUUCAAAUGGACAAAACGACCGAAAUGCAUUCGGAACUUCGGGUACACUAUCUUUCAAACAUUAAAGACUUGCAAUUUUUUUUUUUUUUUUUUUUUCGUGAAUUUUAUUUUUCUGAAAGGCACGCGUCAUACAGUAGAGAAUAUGCAAUAUUAAUGAGGUCUUGUGAAAGAAAGAAAAAAGUUACGCGUGAAAAGCAUUCCAUCGGUUACUUUCUUCAGUGCGUGAUUUUAUGCUUUCUCUGUGUACAGGAAGUUGUAUCCAGGAAGUUGAAAGUAAGGCCGAUGCAACAACAAACUAAACUUCUGCAAGAACUGCAAUUAGAACUUCAGGAAGCGGUAUCGAAUGAGAUAAACAUAAUUCAUCUCUACGAACUGACUUGCAGACGAACGUCAGGAAUCCAUAUAAAUUUACUGAAAGUCAUGUACAGAAAAUUCAAAGAAAGGCAGUUCCGAAAACAGACAGACCUCAAACAGAAAAUGCACAUAGAAUUAAAGAGGACAAUCCAGACCAGAAAAUCAGUAAGUGAAGACGAUGACAAAAACCUAGAGAACAGGGUGGAGCCUUUUCCUGAGGAUUUACCUGAACUUGACCAUGAUGCAGAGACUACAGUCGACUGUACAGAGUGUUUGAAGAAAAUGGACGAACAGUCAUUGAAUGGCCUGCAAAGUAUUGAAGAUACCGAAGAAAUGGAGGAUGUGAUUGUGGGACCAGAACAACCAACCAUCUGCGAUAUGAGCGAGAAGUUACAGUCUAGUCAGUCUUCUGAUAAGGACCAAAUGUUCAAUGUGGUUCCUCAACCUCAAAAGGGAAGAAAAUACAGUCUUGGCAGAAGAUUUUCUAAAUUUCUGGGACGAAGAUAAACAAUUUUCUCAUUCCUUCUUCCUUUGAUGUUAUUUUUAUGUAAUAUUUCCAUCCAUGAAAGAUGAUAUUGUGUAUCAGUUCGGACAAAAUUUUUCAACCAAUAAAUGAUAUUUUAUGUA